GUUUCCUUCAGUCGGACAGUGCGGCGUUCGGAGCAGGAAGGAAGCAGCCAGCUCUCUCUGGUUAUCUCUGCAGCUCAUCUUUCGCUGCGCUGCGACCACACACUGAUCCACGGGCUGAUCCACAGGCUGAUCCAGGACCAGCGGCACCACCUGCCUAACCCUCCAUCACCUCCACCCUCCAUCCUCCAUCCCUCCUCCCUGCCUGCCUGGACCAGGACCUCGUCUCUGCCGCCACCGCCAUCAUGUGCGACUGUUUCCACCUGGCCUUCCCCAACUGGCACGCCGCCUCCUCCGGGACGGGAGCUGGUCGGAGGCUGAGAGCACCAGAGCCCGGCACAGAGGACGAUUCAACAUGUGACGAGCCAUCUCAGUUCACAGAGAGACCGCGGCCUCAGGGAUCGUCCCCUGUUGAGGAGUAUCCUGAAACUGAGAAAUACACCGACAGUGACAAAGAGUGUGAAGAGGAGCAUGACCCACACUACAUAAGUGGGAGUGGAAGGAAAACUAAGAAGUCUGGGCUUGGGUCCAUGUUUGAAAAGCGCUCCACUCCAAAGAUGAGUAAACUGAAGGAAGUCCAUAGUCCCGAGUCCGGGCUGAUCGUGAAAACAGCCAAAGACGGAUGUGCGGAGGGUCUGGUUUAUGGUGGAGGAGGGAGAGAGGGAAUCUUUAUUAAGGAAGUCGUACCAGAGUCACCUGCCUCAAAAAGUCUCAAACUCAAAGAAGGUGAUCAGAUUCUGAGCGCUACUGUGUAUUUUGACAACGUGUCAUACGAGGAUGCCAUCCAGAUCCUGGAGCACGCUCAGGCGUACAAAGUGAAGCUCUGCUUGAAACGCAAACCCAACAUCACAGAGACUGAACCAACCAUCGAGUCUGACGUCAUCCCUGAGGAAGACAUCUACGCACCAGAGAUGAGGGAGCAAGGAAAAACCAAAAGGCGUGGUGAUGCCCGCAUUUCAUGGCCUAAGUUUCCCUCCUUUGGGAAAGGACGGAAGUCCCGCUUUACAAGGUCUCACAGCUCCUCAGAGGCUGAUGAGCAGCGAAAACUCGAGCUUAGCCCAACAACAAGCGACACAGAGUCACCUAUAAAAUCUCAGGAUGCUCUCAAAGGCAAGAAGAAGCAUAAAGUGAAGCUUUCUGCUCUGACAAAGAGAGGACGAAUUAGUUCAUCCGAAGACCAGGACACAGAUGCACCUACAACAACGCAGAUGAUUUCACCUGAGUGCCUUGAAAGCCCCUCAGGAGAAACACUUCAAAUCUAUGCUGAAGACUUAAGACGUGAGCAAACCGAUCAAAAACUGACCGAACCUCAAACUGUUCAACACAAGGUGGAGCUCAUCGAUAUAGACAGCACUGUGAAAACAGCAGAUCUAACUGCGGCUCUGGCGGGUCAAGAAAGCCCGUCCGGUAUUAAAUCCCCCGACGGGAAGAAAAAGAAGAAAGAACGGUCCGAAUUAAAAUUGAAAAUUCUGGGGAAGGAUAAAUCGCACAAGAAAGAUGCAAAAGCCAAAUCAUCACCAAAGAGGCUGAAAACACUGGGGGCAAGUAUUGAAAUAGCAGACCAACCUGGAAAUGAAAAAUCAGAUGUCAUCCCAAGUUUGGAUUCACAAACACGACCACAGGGAGAUCAACUAGCACUUGAUGGCAGCACCCAAAUAAACAGCAGUGACAGUUCAAGGAUAAUCCCCACCAAAUCAGGGACGACACAGAUGGAAACGAGUGCACUAAAGGUGGAACUUGAAAUAUCUGAUGUUCUAUUGAUACAAAAAUCUCCACAGAAAGGCAAAGACAAAGACAUGAAGCAGAAACAAGAAACAAAGAUAGGUCCAACAUUCAAACUGCCUAAAAUCGGCUUUUGCGACCUUGACACUGAGGAAAUAAUACCAAAGAAUAAUGUAAACGUUGAAGAAGGCACAACUGAGAUUGAGCAGGUUACAGCUGAGGGCACAGAGGUGAAAGAAGAUCCUUAUGAGCGACUGUCAAAAAGCAGUCGUUCCAGAACAAAACUUCCCAAACGUGAAGACAUUGAGAUUCCAGGUAUGGAGGACAAAUUUACGAAGCCCACAGCCAAAAGAAUUAAAGAGCCAAAGGCUGGUUAUACUGGAAAUUAUGAAGACGUUCAGGCUGAAACUGUACAACUGUCCAUUGAUGUUGACAGCGUGAAAGAGGCAGUUUCAAAACUGCCUGGAUUUAAGCUGCCUAAGGUUGACACGAGUGGAGUUCCUAUUCCUGAAGAAAUUACUGUGAUAGAUGCAAAUGCACAAAGAAUAUCAGUGAAAACACCCACGAAAACAAAACAUGAGACACACUUCAGUAAGUUCGAUGUAGCUGCCUCUCCAGAAAUCUCCAAGACAUCAGUCAACCUACCAAAGAUCACACCUACUGAUUUAUCUUCAGAGGAGCUUCUGAUUGAGACCCGCGUAGAUUUGAACAAACCUGAAAAGAAAUACAAAACUGAGCCAAAGCAAGGCGAUGGAGAGGUUUAUAAACGAGAACAUAUCGUAAUACCUGGAAAAGAAAGUGCAUGUGAAGUCGCUACUCUUCAGACACAAGGCACAGAGGACAUCAAGUCCGAGUAUGAAUCUGCAGUUACAUUCAAAUCAAAGAAGAUGACAAUGCCUCGCUUUGGGAUUGCAAAACCAGACAUAAGAAUCCCUGACAUUGGAAUUGACUUGCCUAAACAAACUAUCUCUGAGCAAAAAGUUGACAACGUGAAAGGAGAAAGGACGAUUUUCUUCCAAGAAGUAAAGGUGUCAAAGACUGAAACAGGGAACAAGAUGGGAGGAGUCAUAUCAGAUGUCAGGAUACCUGAAAUUGAGGGCAUUGAAUACAUUGAUUCAGUAGAUGGUUCACCAGCCAAAAAGGAUGCUGGCAUAAAGCUUACGGGUCUUGGUGAUAAUCUUCAUGCUGCAGGCCCAAAAUGUGAUCUCUCCUUUCCGGAGAUCAGGGAUGAAAUUAAAGACGCUGAAGCUGAGGAGCACAAAUUCAAACUUCCAAAAUUUGAAGCAGUGACUCCAAACAUCAGUGUGACUAUGCCUGAUGCAGGUAUGGAUAUGACUAUUGAUGGGGCAGAAACAGAAAAGGAUGGGAGGUUUAAAAUGCCAACUAUCAGUAUGCCAAAGGUGAUAGGACCGAAAAUAGAUUUAAGCUUGUCAAAAAAAGAUGUAGACAUCUCACUACUGGAGGCUAAAGCUGAGACUGAACUCACAGACAUUCCUGAGGUUGACGUUUCUCUUGGAAAAAUAAAUUUGUCUCUUCCAGAGCAAAAGAUGGAGGUUGAAAAACCUGAACUGGAAAUCAAACCAUGGCAGACUGAGGGUGAACUCGAUGGACAUGGAAGAAAGUUCAAGAUGCCAAAGCUUGGAAUUAAAAUGCCCAAAUUAAAAGGGCCUGAAUUUGAUUUAAGCUUAUCAAAGAAAGAUGUUGAUGUCACACUGCCAGAGGCUAAAGCUGAGAUCAAACUACCAGAAGCCCCCAAGACUGACGUUACUCUUGGAAACGUAGAUGUUUCCAUUCCAGAGCAAAAGAUGGAGAUUGAAAAACCUGAGCUGAAAAUCCAACCUCUGAGGACUGAAGGCGAACUUGAUGGACAGGGAGGAAAGUUCAAAAUACCCAAAUUUGUUGUAAAAAUUCCAAAAGUGAAAGGGCCUGAAUUUGAUUUUAGCUCAUCAAAGAAAGAUGUUAAUGUCACACUGCCGGAGGCUAAAGCUGAGCUCAAACUCCCAGAAACCCCUAAAAUUGAUGCUAGUCUUGGAAAAGCAGAGGUUUUGAUUCCAGAAGCAAAGGUGGAGGUUAGAAAACCUGAAGUGAAAGUCCAAACCUUGCAGACUAACAUUGAACUUGAAGGACAUGGAGGCAAGUUCCAAGUGCCAAAGUUUGGAAUCUCAAUGCCAAAAGUAAAAGGACCUGAAAUUCACUUUGGCUUAUCGAAGAAAGAUGGAGAUGUGACACCGCUGGAAGCCACAGCUGAAGUAAAAUCUCCUGAAGCUCCUGAAGUUGAUGUCAGUCUGGGCAAAGCAGAUGUUUCUCUUCCAAUGGGAAAAAUUGAAGUCAAAAAGCCUGAAUUAGAAAUAAAACCUCUGCAAAGUGAAGUUGAACUUGAUGGUCAAGGAAGCAAGUUUAAAAUGUCAAAGUUGGGAGUGUCAAUGCCAAAAGUAAAAGGACCUGAAAUUCACUUUGGCUUAUCAAAGAAAGAUGGAGAUGGGACAUUGCCAGAAGCCAAAGCUGAAGUAGAUGUCCCUGGAGUCGAACUAAAAGAACCCUCUGUGAAGGUGAAAGUCAAAGCUCCUGAAAUACAUGUUGCAACAAAAGGUACAGAAGGAUCACCAACAAAAUUUAAGAUGCCAACAUUCAAACUACCAAAAUUUGGAAUUGUAACUCCAAACAUUUCUGCAGAACCACCUGAUACGGACAAAGGUGUCAGAAUCGAUGGAGCAGGUAUUAAUAUCCCUGACGAGGGGUCUGCAGUUCACAUUACAGCACCCAGCAUUGACAUCGACGGAGCUUCCAUAGAUAUGAAAACUGAAGGAACUGAACAGGAUGGAAAAGGAAGCAAAUUUAAAAUGCCACAUCUUGGUUUAUCCAUGCCAAAAGUGAAAGGACCUAAAAUUGAUUUGAGCCUUUCAAAGAAAGAUGUAGAUGUCACGUUACCAGAGGCCAAAACUGAUGUCCAACUUCCAGAGGUCAAUCUUGGGAAAGUAGAUGUUUCAAUUCCAGAGGCUAAAGCUGAAAUAAAACUUCCAGAAGACCAUAAACUCGCUGUGGAGAUAAAACCACCAGAAGCAGAGAUGGAUGGACAUGGUGAGAAGUUUAAAAUGCCAAAGUUUGGAAUCAAAAUGCCAAAAAUCAAAGGGCCUGAGUUUGAUUUAAACCUAUCAAAGAAAGAUGGAGAUGUCACAUUACCAGAGGCUAAAGCUGAUGCCAAAUUUCCAAAGGUGGAUCUUGGGAAAGUAGAUGUUUCAGUUCCAGAGGCUACUGUGGAGGUUAAAAAACCGGACAUGGAAAAGCAGUUCUUGCAGACUGAAGGUGAACUUGAUGGACAGGGGGGAAAGUUCAAGAUGCCAAAGCUUGGAAUUAAAAUGCCCAAAUUAAAAGGGCCUGAAUUUGAUUUAAGCUUAUCAAAGAAAGAUGUUGAUGUCACACUGCCAGAGGCUAAAGCUGAGGUCAAACUCCCAGAAGCCCCUAAAACUGAUAUUAAUCUUGGAAACGCAGAUGUUUCCAUUCCAGAGGUAAAGGCUAAUGUUGAAAAACCUGAGCUGGAAAUUAAACCUUUGCAGACUGAAGUUGAAGUUGAAGGAAGCAAGUUCAAGAUGCCAAAGUUUGGAAUGUCGAUGCCAAAAGUGAAAGGUCCUGAAUUUCAUCUAGGCUUCUCAAAGAAAGAUGGAGAUGUCACCCUACCAGAAGCCAAGGCAGAUGUCAACCUCCCUGAUGUUGAACUUAAAGACGCUCAUGCUAAAGUAGAAAUUAAAGCUCCUGAGAUUGAAAAUGUAGCUAGGGGCACAGAAGGAUCACCUUCAAAAUUCAAAAUGCCAAAUUUUAGUUUCUCUAUGCCUAAAGUCAAAGGGUCUGACAUAGAUUUAAGCCUAUCAAAGAAAGACACAGAUGUCAUAUUACCAGGGACUAAAGCAGAGAUCAAAAUCCCAGAACCCCCGAAAAUCGAUGCCAAUCUUGGACAAGCAGAAGUUUUGAUUCCGGAAGCAAAGGUGAAGGUUAGAAAACCUGAUGAUGUUGGACGUGAAGGGCAUGGAGGCAAGUUACAAGUGCGGAAGUUUGGAAUCACAAUGCCAAAAGUAAAAGGGCCUGAAAUUGAUUUAAGUUUCUCCAAAAAAGAUGUUGAUGUGACAAUUCCAGAGGCUAAAGCUGAGGUUGAACUCCCAGACGCUCCGGACAUUGGUGUUGAUAUGAAACCACCAGGGUGUGAAGCAGAAAUUGAUGGGCAAGGAAGCAAGUUUAAAAUGCCAAAGUUUGGAAUCACAAUGCCAAAGGUAAAAGGACCUGAAAUUGAUUUAAGCUUCUCCAAAAAAGAUGUCGAUGUGACACUACCAGAGGCUAAAGCUGAAGUCAAACUUCCUGAUGUUGAACUGAAAGAACCGUCUGCUAAAGUGGAAAUUAGAGCUCCUGAGAUUGAAGCUCAGCUGGGUCACGUGGAAGGAUUGCCAUCAAAAUUUAAACUGCCAUCAUUUAAGUUUCCUAAAUUUGGAGCUGCCACUCCAAACAUCAGUGCAGAGGUACCUGAAAUGGACAAAGACAUAAAAGUUGAAGGGGCUAGGUUUAAAAUUCCUAAAGAUGGAGAAACAGUUGAUAUUGCAGCACAGAAUGUUGAUAUUGAUGGCCCAUCACUUGAUGUAAAAAUGAAAGGAACUGAAGGUGAGGGGAAAGAAAGCAAGUUCAAGGUGCCAAAAUUUGGAAUAUCAUUGCCAAAGGUACAAGGGCCUGAGAUUGAUUUAAGCUUACCAAAGAAAGAUAUCAAAUUACCUGAGGCCAAGCCUGAGGUUGAACUCCCAGAAGGAUCUGCAAUUGAUGUUAACCUUGGAAAAGUAGAUGUUUCAGUGCCAGAAGCAAAGAUGGAGGUUAAACACCCUGAACUAGAAAUUAAAGCCUUCCAGUCUGAAGGUGAACUUGAUGGGCAAGGGCACAAGUUAAAAAUCCCAAAGUUUGGAAUCUCAAUGCCAACAGUAAAAGGAACUGACAUUGAUUUUAGCUUAUCAAAGAAAGAUGCAGACAUCGCCCUACCAGAAGCAAAAGCUGAGGUCAGUCUUCCUGAUGUUGAACUUGAAGAACCUUCUGCUAAAGUGGAAAUUACAGCUCCUGAGAUUGAAGCUCAAUUAGGCAAUGUGAAAGGAUCACCUUCAAAAUUUAAACUGCCAACAUUCAAAUUUCCCAAAUUAGGAUCUGCCACUCCAAAUGUCAGCGCUGAAGUACCUGAUAUAGACAAAAAACUCAAAAUUGAUGGCACAGACAUGCACAUAUCUGUGCCACAAGCAGAUGUCAGUGUACCAGAAGUUAAAGCAGAGGUCCAUCUGCCAGGGGUUGAAGUCACAAUGCCUUCAGGCAGUGUUGUGAUAGAUCAACAGCCGGGUGCUGAGGUAGAUGCAAAACUGAAAAAAUCCAGGUUUUCAUUGCCCAGAUUUUCUUUUUCAAAACCAAGUGUUAAUGUCCCUGAAAUGGAUGCUAGUCUUCAGGACGUGAAAGUUGCAAUUCCAGAGAGCAAAGUGGAAGUGAAAAAAGGGGAAGUGGAUAUGAACAUACCAGAAUUAGAGGCAGAAGUUGAUGGAAGCAAGUAUAGAAUGCCAAAGUUUGGCAUCUCAAUGCCCAAAAUUAUGGGGCCUGAAUUUGAUUUGAGCUUAUCAAAGAAAGAUGUAGACGUGACACUACCAGAAGCCAAAGCUGAGGUCAAACUGCCUGAUGUUGAAGUCAAACAACCUGAGGUGGAGCUUAAGCUGCCAGAAGGUGACGUAGAAUUAGUGGGGCAGGAAAGCAAGUUUAAAAUGCCAAAGUUUGGCAUCUCAUUGCCCAAAGUUAAGGGGCCUGAAAUGGAUUUGAGCUUAUCAAAGAAAGAUGUAGAUGUGACACUACCAGAAGCCAAAGCUGAAGUUCAACUACCAGAUGUCGAGGUCAAAGAACCUGAAGUGGAAAUCAAAGCUCCUGAGAUCAAGGUAUCAGGAAAGGGUAAGGAAGGAUCACCAUCAAAAUUUAAAUUGCCAACAUUCAAACUACCCAAAUUUGGAGUUAGUACUCCAAGUGCCACUGUAGAUGUACCCGACAAAGACAUUAAAAUCGAAGGAGCUGACAUCAACAUUCCUGAGGAAGUUCUUACAGUUGACAUUGCAGCACCCAGUGUUGACAUUGAAGGCCCCUCAACAGAUAUUAAAACUACAGGAAUUGAGCAUGAAGGAAAAGGAGGCAAGUUUAAACUGCCAAGUCUCGGUUUUUCUGGACCUCAAAUCAAAAGACCUGAAAUCGAUCUGAGCUUAUCAAAGAAAGAUGUAGACGUGACACUACCAGAAGCCAAAGCUGAAGUCAAACUGCCUGAAGUUGAAAUCAAACAACCUGAAGUGGAAAUUAAAUCUCCUGAGAUCAAGGUAUCAGGAAAGGGUAAAGAAGGAUCACCAUCAAAAUUUAAGAUGCCAUCAUUCACAUUCCCCAAAUUUGGAGCUCCAAAGGUCAGUGUGGGAGUACCUGAUGUAGACACAGAUGUUCAAGUUGAUGGAGCUACAGUGGAUGUUAGUGCACCCAGCAUUGACACUGAAGGUGUUUCUGUAGAUGUGAAAGCUAAAGGAAGUGAUGUUGAAGGGUCAGGAAGCAAGUUUAAAAUGCCAAAGUUUGGCAUCUCAAUGCCCAAAGUUAAAGGACCUGAAAUGGAUCUGAGCUUAUCAAAGAAAGAUGUAGAUGUGACACUACCAGAAGCCAAAGCUGAAGUCAAACUGCCUGAUGUCGAAGUCAAACAACCUGAGGUGGAGCUUAAGCUGUCAGAAGGUGACAUAGAAUUAGAGGGGCAGGAAAGGAAGUUUAAAAUGCCAAAGUUUGGCAUCUCAAUGCCCAAAGUUAAGGGGCCUGAAAUGGAUCUGAGCUUAUCAAAGAAAGAUGUAGAUGUGACACUACCAGAAGCCAAAGCUGAAGUCAAACUACCUGACGUCAAAAUGAAACAACCCUCUGCCACAGUGGAAAUCAAAUCUCCUGAGAUUGAAGGUCAAACUGGUGAUGUUGAUGGAUCACCGGCCAAACUUAAGAUGCCAUCAUUCACAUUCCCCAAAUUUGGAGCUCCAAAGGUCAGUGUGGGAGUACCUGAUGUAGACACAGAUGUUCAAGUUGAUGGAGCUACAGUGGAUGUUAGUGCACCCAGCAUUGACACUGAAGGUGUUUCUGUAGAUGUGAAAGCUAAAGGAAGUGACCUUGAAGGGUCAGGAAGCAAGUUUAAAAUGCCAAAGUUUGGCAUCUCAAUGCCCAAAGUUAAAGGACCUGAAAUGGAUCUGAGCUUAUCAAAGAAAGAUGUAGAUGUGACACUACCAGAAGCCAAAGCUGAAGUCAAACUACCUGACGUCAAAAUGAAACAACCCUCUGCCACAGUGGAAAUCAAAUCUCCUGAGAUUGAAGGUCAAACUGGUGAUGUUGAUGGAUCACCGGCCAAACUUAAGAUGCCAUCAUUCACAUUCCCCAAAUUUGGAGCUCCAAAGGUCAGUGUGGGAGUACCUGAUGUAGACACAGAUGUUCAAGUUGAUGGAGCUACAGUGGAUGUUAGUGCACCCAGCAUUGACACUGAAGGUGUUUCUGUAGAUGUGAAAGCUAAAGGAAGUGACAUUGAAGGGUCAGGAAGCAAGUUUAAAAUGCCAAAGUUUGGCAUCUCAAUGCCCAAAGUUAAAGGACCUGAAAUGGAUCUGAGCUUAUCAAAGAAAGAUGUAGACGUGACACUACCAGAAGCCAAAGCUGAAGUCAAACUGCCUGAUGUCGAAGUCAAACAACCUGAGGUGGAGCUUAAGCUGCCAGAAGGUGACGUAGAAUUAGAGGGGCAGGAAAGGAAGUUUAAAAUGCCAAAGUUUGGCAUCUCAAUGCCCAAAGUUAAGGGGCCUGAAAUGGAUCUGAGCUUAUCAAAGAAAGAUGUAGAUGUGACACUACCAGAAGCCAAAGCUGAAGUCAAACUACCUGACGUCAAAAUGAAACAACCCUCUGCCACAGUGGAAAUCAAAUCUCCUGAGAUUGAAGGUCAAACUGGUGAUGUUGAUGGAUCACCGGCCAAACUUAAGAUGCCAUCAUUCACAUUCCCCAAAUUUGGAGCUCCAAAGGUCAGUGUGGGAGUACCUGAUGUAGACACAGAUGUUCAAGUUGAUGGAGCUACAGUGGAUGUUACUGCACCCAGCAUUGACACUGAAGGUGUUUCUGUAGAUGUGAAAGCUAAAGGAAGUGACAUUGAAGGGUCAGGAAGCAAGUUUAAAAUGCCAAAGUUUGGCAUCUCAAUGCCCAAAGUUAAAGGACCUGAAAUGGAUCUGAGCUUAUCAAAGAAAGAUGUAGACGUGACACUACCAGAAGCCAAAGCUGAAGUCAAACUGCCUGAUGUCGAAGUCAAACAACCUGAGGUGGAGCUUAAGCUGCCAGAAGGUGACGUAGAAUUAGAGGGGCAGGAAAGGAAGUUUAAAAUGCCAAAGUUUGGCAUCUCAAUGCCCAAAGUUAAGGGGCCUGAAAUGGAUCUGAGCUUAUCAAAGAAAGAUGUAGAUGUGACACUACCAGAAGCCAAAGCUGAAGUCAAACUGCCUGAUGUUGAAGUCAAACAACCUGAAGGUGCCAUUUCAGUACCAGAUGCACCAACUACUGAGGUUGAGGCCAAGUUGAAACGACCGAACUGGACAUUUCCAAAGUUUUCAUUUUCACGGACAGGCAGUAAAGCCCCUGAUGUUGAUGUGAACUUUGAAUCACCCAAAGUUGAUGUGACAUCACCAGAGGCCAAAGCAGAAGUCCACGGACCUUCAGGGUCCGUUUCAGUGGAAGAACCUCAUUCUGCUGAACUCGAUGCAAACCUGAAAAAAACUACAUUUUCUCUACCAGGAUUUUCUUUGUCAAAGUCAAAUGUUAAAGAAGGUGCAGUCAGUGCACAGGUGGAUGUUUCUCUUCCAGAGGGAGAAGUGAUAGUCAAACAACCUGAAAUGAAAAUGAAAGCUCUGGAGUUUGAAGCUGAACAUGAUGAACAAGGAAGCAAGUUUAAAUUGCCAAAGUUUGGCAUCGCAUUACCAAAAACAAAAGGACCUGCAGAAGAGUUAAGUACAUCGCAGAGAGACGUAGGCAUCACACUGCCAGAUGUUAAAGCCGAGGUCAAACUCCCUGAAGUCAAACAAUCUUCAGCAAGUGUGGAAAUUAAAGCUUCUGAGAGUGAAGCCAAGUCAAAAGAUGUUGGAGGAUCACCGUCAAAGUUUAAAAUGCCCACAGUGAAAAUGCCCAAAUUUGGAGGUGCUGUCUAUGAUGUCACCGUAGAAGCACUUGCCGCUGACAAAGCAGCGGAAACUGAAGGAGCUAAACUGAAGGAGGAUGUCACUGUCACCAUCAAAGGUCCAAGUGUUGACAUUAAGACAGAUGUGUCCAAAGCUGCUGCAGCAGAUUCUGAAGCACCAAAAACUGAAACAGACAGCGCAGGCCUUGCCUCUCCAAGUAAAUUCAAAUUACCAACAUUUAAGAUGCCAAAGCUGAGUUUCUCCAGAGCCGCCACUGAGGCUGAACAUGUCCCUGUGGAUGAACAUGUCCCUGAGGACGAACAUAUCCCAGUGGACACUGACAGCAAAGAUCAGCUGAAAAAGGAGGCUGAGUCAAAAGCAGAGACUAAAUCACCAAAACAGGCUUUGACAUCAUUUGGUGAGAUCCUCAAGAAUAUUGAUGUUGAAUUUGAUGUCCCAAAACCAGAAGAAAGUCUUGAAACCUCAAAGGAAGUUCAUGACACAGAUGAACCCAGUGGAAAAAAGUCUGAGACAAAAAAAGAGGAGACAAAGCAAGAUACUGUCAAAAGUCCUGAGAGGACAGGCUGGUUUAAAUUCCCCCGGUUUGGACUGUCCUCGCCAUCAGAACCUGUUAAGACACCUGAAAAAGACGAGCACAAGGACAAGAAGAGUCCAGCAGGAGAAUCAGUGGAUGAGGAAAUAAGUCAAACCUGUUCUGUCCAGUCAUCUGAUGCCUUCGCUGACAUUAGCUCUGCAAUGACGAGUGAGCAUGCUGGCCUGUCCUUAUCUUCUCCAACCAAAGUCACGGUCAAAUACUCGGACCCUGAUGCUGCCACAGUGCUUGGAGAGAUGCACAGUAACAUCAUUACUUCCACCACAAGGACUGAGCUUGUCUCCGUUGAGCCCAACCUGCCUGAGAAAAUCACCAUUCUGUCAUCCGGAGUUUCAUCUUCAUCCGAGGACACCCUCAGACUGGAAUCUGGAAAAAUACAUGUCAUUACAUCAAACAUACAGGCGACGCCAGAGGCACAGCAUGCCAAGCUGCUAACUGCUCUCCAGGUCCAAUCAGCUGGAGCCCUUCCCCUCCAAUCAGACGCUGAUGAAGCGGCAGCGUGGACCGUCGAGGAUUCACAUGGCGGCAAGAGGACGGUCCUUGAAAGGCGUUUAGUCCGGGAAACAUCAAGUGGAAGAAGUGAAAGCAAAGAAACAAUUGUUAUAACAAAACAGAUCACACGUUCCUUGGAGCCCAUCUCAGGUGAGACGGCGUCAUCCGUUCAGCGACUUCGAGACUCUGUGCACUUGGAGAAAAUGAGGUUCUUCGACGGAGUCAACAAGUGAAAUAACUCAAUAUAAACUGUGUUUAUUGACCGGUAUCAGGGGCCGGUGGGUUUCUGACUGAUGGAGAGCUUAGACAGAAAACAGAUCAUUAACGAAUCACAGUAAAGAUUGAGUCUGCGUUCACCUCUGGUUGCAUGUUGUUGAUCUGUAAAGAGACGGAUUGAUGUAAAUCACACUGACCAUGUGAUGAAGUUGUUAAUAAGCUGUGUAACUGAGUGCCCUUACUGCAGAUAAUGAACCAAAUAUCCUGCUUCUUAUGGUACUGAACUAAAAUAAGCCAUGACUUUUACUCUAAUAUCUUUUUAUAAAGUCUGACACUGAUCCGACUUCCUGUGCUCUUAUUUAUCAGACAAUAAUCACCAGUGCAUUUAAUUUAAGAAAGUUUGAUCUGAGCUGAAAAUCAGUUGAUGUUACUGACAUUCCAAAAUGUGUUUACAGUAAUUUCACAGCGCCUUCGUUUGGCGCAGUCUACAACAGAUAAUGUAUCACCAGAUAUUCUUGUUGCUGUAGCUGAAGAAACAAACAUAGCAAUGCAAAGCUGAAAUGAAACGCUCCUGAUGACGUGUGCUGCUGCUGCAUCUAUAUUUGUAUUAAUAUUUUUGCUUAAAACCUCAUUUGCUACGAUAAAAAUAUAUGGAUGGUAGGAUGCCUUUCAGUAUCUCUGUACAAAGAGGAAUAUUAAUAAACUGGCUGUGUAAAUA